GGUGUUUUAUUAUAGCCCCCCUUUGCCUGGUUCCAAUUCUCACCUGCAUAACCUGGAGAUUGGUGUUUCCAUUUUUUUGGCAGGGCGCAAAUUAUCUUGGCGUAGAAUCCCUUAAUGGAGAAGUGGGGAGUUCAGAAACCCUUGUCAGUGAAGAAGAGAGUCCAGAAUCCCCUCUCAGUGAAGUGGAGAGUCCAGAAUCCCUUCUCAGUAAAGGAGUGGAGGCUCCGGUUCUCAGGUCAUAUACUGUUGAAGAUACCGACGAGUUCUACAGCGAGUACGACUCGACAUUGGAUGAUCCUCCAAGCAAAGAAACUAGUUGUGAAAGAAGUCCAAAACAUUACACCGGUCCGUCAACAAGGCAACGAGAUCUAUGCGGGCAACAACAAGAUGAUAGGUAUCUACAUUGAGGACUUUCACAAUAACUGGUAUGAGGAUUAUUCAAAACUGGAAAGAGUUUACUCAUACAUACAAUGGUUGUUCCCUCUUCAAGAACGAGGAAUGAAUAAUCAAGCCAAGGAACUCACCAAGAAGGAAAUUGAGGCUUUUCUUGAAGAUGAAACUGCAAAGAAGAGGCUGGUCAAGUCGUACAAGCUCAUGCUGGACUUCUACGGCAUCCAGCUGUCAAAUGACACAACAGGGGAAGUGCAACGUGCUAAUAAUUGGCGCAACAGAUUUGACAACAUGGACAGACAUACACACAACAACCUGCGCAUCACCCGUAUCCUGAAGUGCCUGGUCACUCUGGGGUUCCCCCACUACCAGGCCCCACUGGUCCACUUCUUCUUGGAGGAAACUCUUGUCAAAGGCAACCUGUACAAUGUGAAAGAGAGUGUGCUCAACUACUUCAUAUUCGCUGUUCGUGAUAAGCAACAACGCAGGGAAUUAGUUAACUAUGCCUAUAAGAACUAUGAGCCCAAACAUGAGUUUGUGUGGUGCCCUAAGAAAAUCCAGAAUAUUUUCUAAAAACAGAGAAGCAGUCUCAAAUAAUAUUCAACUAAUGGCAGGCCCGUCCCAGCAUUGUGACUACUCAGAUGACAGUAAUGAUAUAUCUGUUCCUCGCAAAGAUACCCCAGAUGAAGGUAAAUCAGAAAUGACUUGUGUCAAUGCUUGAAAGCAGUAUGGAGCUACUGGUUCUACAAGGCACUCUAAUACUGCCCAUGGAAAUGAAAAGAAUCGCCUCCCCACCAAAGAUGUGCAAAAUAUUCAGGGAGAUAAAACAACAGGGAUUAGACGUCGUAUAGAUUCAGAGGGCCAGGUUAUGACCAAUAAGGGUCCAGCCACAGGGCCACCUCCUAAAGAGGAAUCCCCGAGCCAGGUUAUGACCAAUGAGGGUCCAGCCACUAGCCCACCUCCUAAAGAGGACUCCCCGAGCCAGGUUAUGACCAAUGAGGGUCCAGCCACAGGGCCACCUCCUAAAGAGGAAUCCCGGAGCCAGGUUAUGACCAAUGAGGGUCCAGCCACAGAGACGCAUCCUAAAGAGGACUCCCCGAGCCAGGUUAUGACCAAUGAGGGUCCAGCCACAGGGCCAUCUCCUAAAGAGGUAUCCCCGAGCCGGAUUAAGUCCAAAACCCGUCCAAAGCCAAUGCCGAUUCCAGGAAACUGCCCAUCCAAAAAGCGUAAAAAAUAAAACAGUAAAACACCAAAUAAGACUCCCAUUGCUACCCAAGAGAAGACAGGUUAUGUGGAUAUUUAACAGGCAAAGGCCGGGUUUUAUGUAACAGUGAACAUGCUCAGAAGAGGAGUAUUCAUACAAAUUCUGUACAGCUAAAUUGAGACAGUGGAGAAACCAGAUACUAGAUAAAAAGGUGGAGGGAAAAAUGGCAAAUAAAUGGAUAUUAAACAAGUAUUAAACAAGGAAUAGGACAUUAUGAAGUGUCAUCUAUUAUGUAUACUUAUCGUGUGGGUACAAAAAAAAACUAUCUUAACCAUUCAAUAUUUAUUUUUUAAAUGACUAGACUGGUAGGACUGUGUGAUCUGGUGGUCAGUCAUUGUUUUUGAUAAUCAUUCUUGCUUGCCUUUGGAAGCGAUAUCAUACUUCUACUGCUUAAAAUAUUCUACUAGCCUUAAAAUUACACACCUGCUUUUUUAGACUUGUGAUUACAUUUUGCAUGUAUAAUGAUUUGAAUUAAUAAGUAUCUUUUGAGCUUUUAUUAGGUGAGGUGUAAGUCCGACACCUUCCUGUUCUCAAUAUUUAGGAGGAAUUAUACUGGCAUCCUCUAAAAAUAUUUAGGAAAAUGUAAUAGGUAUAAAUGUACUCUUCUCUGUUCACUAUUCUCUAAGUCAAUCAUAGAAGUCUCAUGUCCAAUCUACAUUGCUUUUGUUUGUCUGUUUACAUGACUACAUUACAACUGCCUUUGGUUACAAGACUGAAGUUCAUUGACUUUGUUAUGCUUAUAUCCAUGACAGUGUUUGGUAUACUUAUGUGUUGCCGGGUGUAUUUUAAAUAGUCAAAUAAAAUAAAAUCCCACUAAAUCUUGACCUUCUGAUUCACACAUGUUGAAAUGGCUUGCUACCUGGCUGCUCUUCACAACAAGGCGGUUCACCCUGACAUAGAUUUACAUGCAACUCAAAAGAAAUAAAGAAGCGAUCAAAAGACACUACCCAUUACUGACAAAGAGAAAUGUAGUCAAAGUAGGUUUAAUUGGCCAAGUUGAAUCAAAAUCAGGACAUGUUUCAAUUGUCAACUGUAAUUAACAAUACUAUAGAUUCAACCAUUCAUACAUACUGUUCAAUGACUUCAGGCUAUAACAAUCAAGGUGUUUGCUCAAUUCUCAACUUAUCCAUUCCAGAUAUAUGGCCUAUAAUUUCUCUACUUAGAAACAUUUGAUUAAAAACAUACAAGUAUAUACACAAAUACAUUCAUAUCUACAUUACAAGGAAGGGAGUUAAUCAGUUACUUUCAUGUGAUUCUUGUACUGUAUGAAGGUACUUUGACAGAAGAAAGGUACACGUAAUAUAUAAAUUACAUGGUAUCAUAAAGUCAGUUGAAUUUAAAUGACCUCAAAAUGAGUUUCUUCAAAUGUGACAAAUUCAUAAAAUAUGAUGUGGCAAAAGGAAUAAAAAAAUAGGGGAAAAAAGGAAUAAAAAAAUGGUUAGACCUCUACAAGAGCUAAAAGAGCAUUUUCCAUAAGAUCCUUUGUCAUGUUGAAAAUCAUUCCCAAUAACAUCUAUUUUCAUUUACAGUUGAAAGUCACAGGGUGAUUGAGUUACUACAGAGAAAAGUGGUCCUCAAAAGUAAGACAUUAUGAUGUGUUUUAAUUACUUUCCACCUUUGCAGGUUUAUCACUAUCCGGGACAUCAGAUUUGUUUAUUUAUUUUUUCUCUUCUAUCUUUUCUUUGCUCUUACUCCUGUCCCGGUGGUCUCUGUCUUUGUCCCUCUCUCUAUCCCUCUCCCCGUUUCGGUCCCGGUCUCUGCUCCAGGACC